AUGUUAUCCAAACCUAAUUCACUUGAUGCUGAAUUAUUAGAAUUAUCAGAAUUACAGUUACUCGUUUCAUCCCAUUUAUCAUCAUUUACAGUUACAUUUUUUGUUUCGGUGGUUACAUUUUCCAUAUUAGAUAAUGAAUUAUAUAAAACAUUAUUCUCUGACUUAAUACUUUUAUCUCGAUUUAUGAUAUCUGAAUGUUCUAAUAAUUUAUCUUUUUGUCCUUCACGUUUAUUUUUAUUUGAUUCCUUAUUACAUAAUUCAGUUUGUAUUACUAUCAACAAUUUAUCAAAUGAAAAGUUAUUUAAACUCUCUAAUUUUUGUAUUAAAUUACACUUUCUAGUCUCAUCAAUAAAUGCGACAAAACUUACUAUUUGUAACAAGUUUUCUCUAGGAUAAGGAUUUGAAUGUAAAUACUGUAAUGCAUUGAGAUAAUCUUUUCUAUCUGUUUUAGAGAUCAUGAGAUUUGGCAUAUAUGAAUCUAAUUGAGUAGGAUAUGGAAAAUAUGCAAUAAAUUUUUCUUUGCAUUUUCGAUGGUAACUUUUGAAAUUUUCUAUUUCUUUAUAUAUUUCUAAUAUAUUUUCAUCUAUAGAAGUUCUAAAAUAUAAAUAAGUAUCAUCUAUUUCAUCAUCAUUUCGUAUUUCUGGAUAAAUACAUAAGAGAGCUUGCUUUUGUACUUUGUAAAACACCUUGAGCAUUUCAAUGUGUUUUUGAUAUAUGAACUUUUGUAUAGAUUUCUUUACAGAUUCCAUUGUAUUAUUUAAUAAUUUAAUUUCAAAAUCAAGUUUUUGUUUCCAAAUAAAUACUUGUUUUAAUAGUAUUUCCUCGUCGUUUAAACACAAUUCAUCAUAAAAUGUAUUAAAAUUUUGUAUAUAUUUUAAAAGGUAAAAGUUCAGUUCUUCUAAAACAAAAGUAUCUUCACUAUCUUGAGCAUCAUUUGAGAUAAUUGUAACAUCACUAUUUUCCUGACUUUUCUUGUUUGAAUCAUCUAUUUUGUAAAUUUUAUUAUAUUUAUUAUUUUCCAUUGUAUUCUCAGAAUGUAAAUCAGUAUUUACAUAAUUAUAAUAAAGAGAAGAUUUUUUUGUAUUUUUAUUUUGAAAAUUAUACUUUACGAAUUCAAUAAUUGUAUCAGUGUUAGAAUUUGAUAAAUUAUCUCCUUGUAUAUCUGAUAAAUCAACUUUAAAUAUCACAUUUUUAUUAUUUUUCUGCCAAUUAGAAAGAUUAUUUGUCAAUAUAUCCAGUGUGAAACUAUGUAAAACUUUCGGCUUAGAUUCACUAUAUGAUGUAGAUAUACUCUCUUUCUCCUCUUUUUUAGUAUUUUCAGAUUCAUUUAUUAAAUUAAUACUUGGCACAAAUAAAGAAUUAACUUUUAUUUUAUUUUGUAAGUUAGGCAUAUUUCUUGAACAGAAAAGAUUAAUUAUAUUAUUCUUUGCUUUUUCCAUAUUAGAAAAUUGUUUAUUAUCUGCAACUUCUUUAUUUAUAUCAUUUACUGUUUUAUUAACUUCUGACUUUAUAUUAUUGUGUAUUUCUCUAUUCACAGACAAUUCACUUAUAGCUUCAGUGACAGGCUCAAUAUCAAAUUGACUUUUAUCAUCAUCAUACUUUGCAUAAAUUUUUUCAAAUUUUGUACUGGAAGCAGUCCAUAUAUCAUUUGGAUAUUCUGAAGGAAGUUUCAGUACAUAAAAAUUUGGGCCUCCAACAGAGUUUAAUAAUCGUUCUAAUAUUUCUAAUUCAUUUUCUGCAAUUAUUGUUAUGGAAAGCCCAUAAGAUCCAUAACGUCCUGCUCGUCCUAUUCUAUGUAAAUAUGUUGGUGCAUCUAUGGGUAAAUCAAGAUUUACAACUAAAUUCACAUUAUCUGCAUCAAUGCCUCUUGCAGUUAAAUCAGUUGUUACCAUUAUUUUACAUUUAAAAGUCUUUAAUUUAUUAAUUGCUUCCAGUCUUUUAUUCAUAUCCUGAUUUCCAGCAAUAAAAGUUGCUUUAAAACCCAUAGUAUUAAUUUUGUUACAUACAGAUUGAGCUCUAUAAAAGAUAAUGUAUUUUAAAUAUAAGCAUAAUAUUUUAAAAAGUGUAAAUAACAGAAACUAGAAUACCUUGUUUGAUAAUUUGAGAAAACUAAACUUUGUUUGAACGGAACUUUGUUAAAUAUUUUUAUUAAUUCGUCUAUUUUUAUUUGAACCUAAAAUUUGAUAAUAAUAUUAUAAUAUUUAAUAUGAUAGAUCAGUUAUAAACUGAUAUGACAUAUUAUAAACUGUUAUAAACUGAUAUGACAUAUAUUAUUACAUAAAAUAUUAAAUCAGACCUGUUUCAUAGCAUUCGGAUGAGAAGGAACAAUUGUUACAAACUGCGUGAGUCCAAGAAGUAUUGGUUCAUUAUUAUCUGGAGAUAUUAAAACAGGGGAGCACAUAUAUGCCUGUAAAAAUACUUCCAAAUCUCCUGGAUAAGUGGCACUUGAUGCUAUAACUUGUUUACUUAGUGGUAAUUUUGAAAAGAUGUAGCUGAAAAUUUUAACACACUAUGAAUAUUAACACUAUGAAUAUUUUUAUGUUUUCAAUAAAUUUAAUUUAUAUUUCAUUAUUAUACAAACUUAAUAUCUUUCUGAAAACUUAUUUCCAUUAAUUUAUCUGCUUCAUCAAGAAUAAAUAAUCUAACAUUUUCAACUUUUAAAAAUCCUUUAUCAAUUAAGUGUCUAAUUCUGCCUGGGGCACCGACAGCUAUAUGACAAUUAUUCAAUUUCUUUUUAUCACUUUCUAUAGCUGUUCCUCCUAUAAAUACUUCAACUUUCAAACCUAAAAUAUAAAAAUAAUUUUAUCUUGUACUUCUAAUUUAUCAAUCAAAUAGAUAAUUAAAUUUUAAGGAAAAAUUUACCUUUUAUUUCGCAACCUACAGAUGAAAAGACUUGUGCAAUUUGUACUGCAAUUUCUCUAGUAGGUGCCAAUAUUAAUACUUGUACAGACGAUACAUUUACAUCAAUCAUUUCAAGUGAUAUUAUACAAAAUACUAAAGUUUUACCAGUCCCAGACUUGGCACGUACUAUUAAAUCUGUAAAGAAGCACGUAAAAAAGAACUAAAGAAAAAUAAAAAACAAAGACAAUUAGUACGUGCUGCUGUUUUAAAGGGCAAAGAUCCUGCACAAAUCAUUGAAGAAAUGGAAAAAAUAGAUCAAAUGGGCAAAAGAUGAUCAAGAAAAGUGGGCUGAGUUAAAAGAACAGUUAAUACAGUAUGAACGUAGAAGAAUAGAUCUUGUUUCUUAUUUUGAAGCUGUAAGACAUGCACAACAAGUACAAGUUGAUGAAAUUCCAUUACCAUCAGCUGGCAACGAUAUAUCUCGAAUGUACUCAGGUUCUUUAACUUCACAAAUACCUUUACCAGAUAUGCCACAACCACCAGCACAUAUGUAUCCUCCUCAUCCACAUUACAUACCACAACAUCAUCCCCUUAUGAACAUACCGAUACCACCAAGUAUUUUAAAAAAAACAAGUGCAUAUGCAACAUCCCCUUCUAUACCUACAUUAGCACCUAAUAAAGAACCACCUGGUGUUCCACCUUUUCCACCUCCAGAUCUAUCAAGUGAUGAUGAAGACAUAUCUGAAAAGACUAAAGAAUCAACACCAAAAUCGAGAACAAUUCGAUUCGCGGAUGACAAAGAAGAUAAUAAACAAGAAUCAGAUAGUAAAGAUAAGGACGUUGAGAAAGAAAAAGAAAAAGAAAGAGAUAUAGCUAAAGUAAAACCAACUACUCUGCAACAGAAAAUGUUAGCAAUGGCAGGACAAGAUAUUGAUCAAUUUAUGCGUGAAAUGGAAGUUGUCCAUAAAAAGCGGGAAACUGAACGAGCUCAAGAUUUAAAUGCAAGAUUAUCGUUAUUGGAAGCAGAAAAUGAAUCUAAUUCAAAGUCUAAUAAUAAAUCUAGUAAUAGUAAAAUAGAAGAAGAAGAUUUAGAACCUCCGGGAGCAUCAGAGCAUUCAUCAAAUCAUAAUCAACACACAACAUCACAUUCUCAUUCUCAACAUACUCAACCACACACAAUGCCUCCUAUGGGAUUGCCACCUCCUCCUUUAAUGUACAGACCACCACCACCACCAUUACAUUUAAGGAUGCCUCCACCACCACCACCUCGUAUUGGACUUCGAUUACCUCCUGGUCCACCACCAGGAAUGCCAAGAAUGUUAAGACCUGGCCCACCAAGUAUGCCAAGAAUGCCUCCUCCACAAAUGCAAAUGCCAAAUCUAUCAAAUAUGACAAAUAUAGGAAAUCCUCAGAUGCAGGCACAAUCAGGAACAGGAUCACAACCUAAAACACCUAAUGUACUUUCUGCUGCACCACAGUUAAUUAAUCGAAAAGAUAAAGAUGUUAAAAGUACUACAACUAUUGAAGCAAAACCACAAAUUAGAAAUUUAGCAGCUGAUGUUACAAGAUUUUUACCAACUUCCCUUCGCGUGAAAAGGGAUGAUAAGAAGAAACCAAGUACUUUAUCAAGACUUUCAGAAAGGAUACCAGAAACACAACCAAUACGAAUUACUCAACCUAAAACUAAAGAUGAUGCGUACAUGCAGUUUAUGCAAGAAAUGGAAGGAAUUAAAUGUGUAAAAAAAUACUUUUAUAUUCUGAAACUAAUUAUAUUUGAAGUAAUCUAACUUAAACAUGUAUACAAGAAGCAGACAAAGUCAAGGCUAUGCCAACAGAACUAGUAGCUAUACAAAAAUACCGAGGAGGUCUAUUCAGCCAGGGACUAGUUCGUCAGUUACCCACAUAGCAUAGCCUGCCGUAGGCCAUAUUUUUAAUAACAUACUGAACUGAUGUUUAUAUAAUAUAAACAAAAAUAAUAUUAGUUAUUUUUAAUAAUUAUAUUUUGGAUACGAAUUACAAAAUUAACUUAUUUUAAUAGAUUUAUAUAGAUUUUUUUAGUAGACAUAUAUAUAUUUAAGAUGAAAUGUUAAGAUUUAAUAAUUAUGAAACAUAAAAAUAGAUCAUAUUAAUUUUACAGUUUUCUAUUCAUUAAAUUUUUAUUUAUAAUUUUCAUAAAUAUGAACAAAGUUUACAUAUAAUAUAUUGUAAAACUAUAUUUAUUAUAGAUAUAAAUCACAUAGUGAUAAAACUUUUACUUAGAUUUCUGUACUUUUUUUUUAAUGUUUAUUAUAUAUAAACUCAGUUCAGUUAUACAUAAAGAAAUAUCGGCCACAAAGAUAAUUUGGUUGGUAUGAAUUAUGGGGGUAGCAUUAGACAUUCAUGUGCAUAUGCGAUGCUAGACCUUGGUGGGAUAGCACAACCGUACAGGUUCCUUGUGUAGCGGCGACCCACCCUAUGUUUUGCAGUACAGUCAGCAAGGCAGUUUUCAAGCAACACAACCUCUUCCAAAUCAACAAAGUAAUUACAAACAAGGAAGUGCACAAAAUUCACAACAAUUUAAACCGCAGCAGCAGCAGCAACAACAAC